AUGAAUGAUUCAGGGGCAUCUGAACAGAAUGGCUUGGGACUUAUCACCGUUCCGAGAGACGAACCUGAAGCUUCGGAAGGAAGAAAUGGUGAUGAACUCAUCGCCCAAUUAAUGCAACAAAUGGCCAUCAUGCAAAGUGAAAUUGAGCGACUGCGAAAUCUCACCAACCUAUCCAUUACCCUCAACACUCCUCCUCAUGAACAAAGGACAACGGAAGCUCAACCCUUCACUACCACAUUACAAGCUGUGCAGCAACCAGAGGCUGAUCCUUAUGAGGAGAUGGAAAGGGAAGCUAGGGCAAGAGCGGAAGAGAACGUUGCAAAGGAGAUUCGUAGUCUGAAGGAAGCAUUCAGAAGCAUCCAAACCCACAAAGGAUGUGAAGGACUGGAAUACGAGGAUCUGUGUAUUCAUCCCGACAUUGAGUUGCCUGCUGGAUAUAAGGUGCCGAAAUUCGAUAUGUUUGAUGGAAAAGGAAAUCCUCGGGCUCAUUUGAGAUCAUACUGUGACAAGCUUGUUGGAGUAGGGAAAGAUCAAGCCAUUAGGAUGAAGCUGUUUAUAAGGAGCUUAACAGGAGAAGCACUUGAUUGGUACACAUGCCAAGAUCCGCAAAAAUGGCGUAGUUGGGGAGAGAUGGCACAAGAUUUCAUGGAUAGGCUCAGGUUUAACACUGAAACUGUCCCAGACAGAUUCUAUUUGAUGAAGUUGGAAAGGAAGUCAACAGAAACUUUCAGAGAGUAUGCUAUGCGGUGGAGAGCAGAAGCCGCAAAGGUCCAGCCUCCGAUGGCGGAAAGUGAGAUGACGACGCUUUUUGUACAAUCUCUAAAAGAUGCAACAUACUACGAAAGGUUGAUAAGUGUCAUCGGGCAAAAGUUUUCUGAAGUUAUCAGGAUGGGAGAUUUCAUAGAAGAAGGUAUCAAGACAGGAAGAAUCACAAAUUUGGCAGCCUUGCAAGCAACAAGCAAGGCAAUUCAAUCAGAUUCAAUUGGGGGAGCAGUUAAGAAGAAGAAGGACGGAGUGUCCGCGGUCAUGACCAUCCAGGAACGAGUUGCCGGACAUGAUACUGAAAAUUGCCUUACUCUUAAAGAUAAAAUUGAGGCGUUGAUCAAAGAAGGAGUCAUCCAGCUCAAAGGGGCUCCCCCAAAUAUAAAUGACAAUCCUCUGCCCAAUCAUGGUGAUGCAAAUGUGAACAUGAUCACCAUUGAUGAAGAAUGUAACCUGGAAGGGACUAUUGUGCCAGUCAAAAAAGAGGAAAAGGUUGAAUCAUCAGCCUUUAUCGCUCCCGUAAUUACAGUCCAAGUGAGGGCACCGAUUGAAGUGGAAGUGCUCACUCCCAGGCCUAAGAUCACAGCCUUAGUUGCUCAGGCACCUUCUUUCAACACCAAAGCAGUUCCUUGGAAUUACUCGGCUGAUGAAAAGAACAAAGGAAAGGCAAAGGUGGUUGUAGAAACCGUUGCUGCCGGGAUGACAAGAUCUGGGCGGUGUUAUGCCCCCGAAGAGGUAGCACGAGGAGCACCAAGUAAGGAAAACAACCAAAAGAAAGCUGUGACAGAAGCUGAAGUAGAAGAAUUCUGGAGGAAGAUGCCAACUAAGGAAUAUUCUGUGGUAGAACAACUAAAGAAAACACCAGCCCAAAUUUCUUUAUUGUCAUUGUUGAUGAGUUCUGAAACCCAUAGGAGCGCUCUAGUCAAGGUAUUAACUGAAGCUUAUGUUCCAGCUGAGACCUCUAGCGAGAAAUUUUCAGCCAUGGUUGGAGAAAUUCUCGAAGCCCACAAAGUCUCUUUUCAUGACGAUGAGUUGCCACCUGAAGGUGUCGUAGGGGAAAUUGACUUGGUAUUGGAGAUUGGACCCGUGGAGUUUACGGUGGAAUUCCAAGUGAUGGAUAUAUCCGCUAGCUACAAUUUGCUGAUAGGAAGGCCAUGGAUCCAUAUGGCUGGUGCAGUCCCUUCUACCCUACACCAAAGUUUGAAAUUUGUCUGGAAUCAUCAAGAAAUUGUGAUCCAUGGAGAGGGCAACAAUUCGAUUUAUCCCGAAAAUUCAAUUCCUGUUAUUGAAAGUGUAGAAAGGCUAGAUGGAUCUAUUUUCCAUAUUAAGGAAACCAUGUGUACUACUCAAGCUGAAAGGGUAAAGUUGCCACGUGUGCUUAUGAUGGUGGCUUGGGAAAUGUUGAAGAAUGGUUUUAAGCCUGGUCGGGGUCUUGGAGUGAACUUGGAUGGAAUAGUAGAACCAAUUCAAUUACCCGGCCAGAAAGAUACUUUUGGUCUUAGAUACGAGCCCACUCUUGAAGAAAUUUCACUGGCUAGUCUCAGAAGGAAAGGUGAUAUUCCCUUGCCAAAGCCUGUCCCGCUCCUGAAUCAGUCAUUUUUCAAGGCGUCUGUCACCCAAGUACCAGAGGAAGCUGCUGAAGAUAACCUCGUGGAAGGUCUCAAGAAUCUAUUCAUUGCCGAGGAAGAAGCUGAAUGCAAUAAUCAAACUAGUAAAUCUGCCGAUACUGUGAAUUUGACACGUAAUGAAACAAGCGAACCAAUUCUAAAUGCCGAACAAGAUUCUGAAGAAUAUGAAGAGGACCUGCAACCUGAAGAGUUAACUAAAGAUUUUGAACAUUUUGAGAAUAAGCCAAAACCAAAUUUGGAUGAAACAGAGACCAUAAAUUUGGGAGAUUCAGAAACGAUGAGGGAAACAAGAAUUAGUGUCCAUUUAACUCCGUCACAAAGGGAAGAAUUGAUCAACCUUUUGAGACAAUAUAUAGACGUGUUCGCUUGGUCUUACGAUGAUAUGCCGGGUCUAAGCACGGACAUUGUUUCGCAUAAGUUGCCUAUUGAUCCAUCUUGUCCUCCGGUGAAACAAAAGAAAAGAAAUAUUAAACCGGAUUUGAGUUUAAAAGUCAAGGAAGAAGUCUCCAAGCAAUUUGAUGCAAAGGUUAUUCGAGCUGCGAGGUAUCCCACUUGGCUAGCCAAUAUCGUGCCUGUACCAAAGAAGGAUGGCAAAGUUAGGGUAUGCGUGGAUUAUCGGGAUCUCAACAAGGCUAGCCCGAAAGAUGACUUUCCCCUCCCAAAUAUUCACAUACUUAUUGAUAACUGUGCGAAGCAUGAGCUGCAGUCAUUCGUUGAUUGCUUCGCAGGAUACCACCAAAUUCUGAUGGAUGAAGAAGAUGCCGAGAAAACGGCAUUCGUCACACCUUGGGGAGUAUACUAUUAUCGAGUGAUGCCUUUUGGACUCAAGAAUGCUGGUGCCACCUAUAUGAGAGCCAUGACUACUAUUUUUCAUGACAUGUUCCACAAGGAGAUUGAAGUCUAUGUGGAUGAUAUCAUCAUCAAGUCACGAAAGAGUUCGGAUCACCCGGGAUUUGAAGAAGUUCUUUGACAAAGGUUGAGGCGAUAUAAUUUGAAAUUAAAUCCCGCAAAGUGUGCAUUUGGUGUUCCUGCUGGGAAGCUGUUAGGUUUUAUUGUGAGCAGGAGGGGCAUAGAAUUGGAUCCUUCAAAGAUAAAGGCUAUUCAAGAGUUGCCCGCCCCAAAGAGUCGAAAGGACGUGAUGAGUUUCCUCGGUCGACUCAACUACAUUAGCCGGUUCAUAGCACAAUCGACAGUAAUAUGUGAGCCGAUAAUCAAGCUAUUGAGGAAAGAUGCUGCUACCAAAUGGACGGAAGAUUGCCAACGAGCUUUUGAUAAAAUCAAGGAGUAUUUGUCUAAUCCGCCUGUUUUGGUGCCUCCUGCCGGAAGACCUUUGUUAUUAUAUUUGUCCGUGUCAGAAAAUGCAUUUGGAUGCGUGUUGGGACAACAUGAUGAAAGAAAGAAGGAGCAAGCAAUAUACUAUUUGAGCAAGAAGUUCACGCCUUAUGAGGCCCGUUAUACUUUGUUGGAACGCACCUGCUGUUCUUUGACUUGGAUUGCACAAAAGUUGAGACAUUACCUGUCCGCAUAUACUACUUAUCUCAUCUCAAGGAUGGAUCCGCUCAAGUAUAUCUUUCAGAAGCCCAUGCCUAUCGGGAAGUUAGCCAAAUGGCAAAUUUUGCUAAGUGAGUUCGAUAUUGUAUAUGUUACCCAAAAGGCUAUCAAAGGGCAGGCAAUAGCGGAUCAUCUUGCUGAACAUCCCGUAGAUGAAGAAUACAUGCCUCUUAAAACUUAUUUCCCCGAUGAAGAGGUGUUGUUUGUCGGAGAAGAUAUCUCAGAAGAAUAUCCAGGGUGGAGAAUGUUCUUUGAUGGGGCUCUCAGGUUUCCGUGCACCAACAAUAUGGCAGAAUAUGAGGCUUGUAUUCUUGGACUCAGAAUGGCUGUUGAUAUGAACAUACAAGAAUUAUUGGUUAUAGGUGAUUCAGACUUAUUGGUUCAUCAAGUACAAGGCGAGUGGACCACUAAGAACGUGAAGAUACUUCCGUACCUGCAUUGUGUGAAAGAUUUGUGUAAGAGAUUUAUCAAGGUGGAAUUCAAACAUGUCCCAAGGGCUCAAAAUGAGUUCGCGGAUGCUUUGGCAACCUUGUCCUCUAUGAUUCAAAGACCCGGACAAGAAUUACAUAGAUCCUAUCAAGGUGAAUGUGCAAGAUCGCAAGCCUAUUGUUUCCAUGUAGAUGAAGAACCCGAUGGAGAACCUUGGUACUAUGACAUUAAGAAGUAUCUCAAGGCGAGACUAUCCGAAAGGCAUAACCAAUGUUCGAAGAGGACACUUCGAAGAUUAGCAAACCACUUUUUCCUAAAUGGAGAAAUCCUUUAUAGGAGGACUCCAGAUUUAGGAUUGCUAAGGUGUGUUGAUGCCAAAGAAGCGGUCAAGUUGAUUGAAGAAGUGCAUGGCGGUACAUGCGGACCUCAUAUGAAUGGUUUUACCCUGGCUAAGAAAAUUCUACGAGCUGUUAAAUGUGACGAGUUCUCCUUGGCCUUUGCAGCUUGGGGCAUGGAUGUUAUUGGUCCUAUCGAGCCGGCCGCGUCAAAUGGACAUAGGUUCAUUUUGGUAGCCAUCGACUAUUUCACAAAAUGGGUAGAAGCAUCUUCGUACAAGUCAGUGACGAAGAAGGUAGUGGUAGACUUUGUUCGCAAUAACAUCAUUUGUCGAUUCGGAAUCCCUGAGUCAAUUAUAACAGAUAAUGGAGCUAAUCUCAAUAGUGGUCUGAUGCGGGAGAUUUGCGAAACAUUUAAGAUUACUCACCGCAAUUCCACCCCUUAUCGACCUCAGAUGAAUGGAGCAGUUGAAGCAGCCAACAAAAACAUCAAGAGACUUUUGGUCUAUGGAACAGAAGCUGUGUUACCUGCAGAGGUAGAAAUACCAUCCUUGAGGAUUAUCCAAGAAGCUGAGUUGAGUGAUGCCAAAUGGAUACAAAAUCGAUAUGAACAAUUGAUGCUCAUUGACGAAAAGAGAAUGAAUGCAGUUUGUCAUGGACAACUUUAUCAGAAUAGAAUGGCCAAAGCUUUCAACAAGAAGGUAAGACCGAGACAAUUCAAACCGGGACAAUUGGUGUUGAAGCGUAUAUUCCCACACCAAAAUGAAGCUAAGGGAAAAUUUGCACCUAACUGGCAAGGGCCUUACAUGGUUCAUCGAGUACUAACUGGAGGAGCACUAAUUUUAGCAGAAAUGGAUGGCGAAGUGUGGCCAAAAGCUAUCAAUGCAGAUGCCGUCAAGAGAUACUACGUCUAG